CCCAGCGCGGCGCGGCCCUUCCCCGCCGCGGGGCCGGGCUGGGCCCGGGGGCCGGGCCGGGCAGGGCAGGGCGGGGGGCUCGGCGGCUCCGGGCGGGGGAUGCGGGUGCCGGGCGCAGGAUGCUGUGGGGGGUGGGCCUGGCGGCGCCGCGCUCCUGCGUGGCGGACCUGAGCCGCAACCGCAGCCUGUCGCUGGGCUGGUGCGCGGGGCCCGAGGAGCCGCCGCCCGCCUUCUAUGGGGGCGAGAUCGUCGCCUUCCCGCUGUCGGGCGGCGGCGGCACCAUGGCGGCGCUGGGCUCUGACUCCUGGUGGAAGAAGACGCUGUACCUGACGGGCGGAGCCCUGCUGGCCGCCGCCGCGUACCUGCUCCACGAGCUGCUGGCCAUACGGAAAGAGGAAGAGCUCGAUUCGAAGGAUGCUAUCAUACUGCAUCAGUUUUCAAGGCCUAGGAAUGGCGUUCCGAGUUUAUCCCCGUUCUGCCUGAAGAUGGAAACGUACUUGAGGAUGGCUGAUUUACCCUACCAGAACUAUUUCGAUGGAAAACUUUCUCCUCAAGGGAAAAUGCCUUGGAUUGAAUACAAUCACAAGAAAGUAUCUGGCACCGAGUUCAUUAUUGACUUUUUGGAAGAGAAACUUGGAGUGAAUUUAAAUAAACACCUUGGUCCACAUGAAAGAGCUGUUUCCAGAGCUGUGACCAAGAUGGUGGAGGAGCACCUGUACUGGACUUUAGCUUAUUGCCAGUGGGUGGAAAAUCUUCACGAGACACAGAAGAUGGUUUCGCUUUUCGGCCCCUUCAGCGACUUGCUGAAGUGGAUCUUCUGCCACCUGACCAAAGGGAUCGUGAAGCGGGAGAUGUACGGCCACGGCAUCGGGCGCUUCUCGGAGGAGGAGAUGUACACGCUGAUGGAGAAGGACAUGAGGACUCUGGCAGGGCUGCUGGGUGACAAGAAGUACAUUAUGGGAUCAACUGUUUCCACUGUUGAUGCCACUGUCUUUGGGCAUCUGGCACAGGCAAUGUGGACAUUACCAGGGACUCGACCAGAGAGGCUAAUCAAAGGUGAACUCAUUAACCUUGCUAUGUAUUGUGAAAGAAUAAGGAGGAAAUUUUGGCCAGAAUGGCACCAUGAUGAUGACAACACUCUGUAUGAAUCUGAGGAGAGCAGCGAAGCAAGCAAGACUUACUCCCCUUUGCAGGACUUCAGUUUUUAUUCAAGGACAGAAACAUUUGAUGAGGAAGGGAACAGUAUUUCCCAAACCCCUGACACAGAUUACACUGGACACUCCCUCUUUGACUCAGAUGUGGACAUGGAUGAGUACAGAGAUCAUGAACAAUGCAAGUGAUGUGUACAAGUGUCUCCCAUUGUGCAGAUAAGCUGUUUCUUGGGAUCACUCUGAUUUGUUUUCCCCUUCAGGUCAGGAAGAGGUUUAUACCACUUUGGAAGAGACCAUUUUGCUUGAUUCAGCUGUCACAUAGUGCUUGGACUAUUUCAACUGUAUUUUGUUUUGUGUAAUUGUUCAGGUGGACCAAGGUAAACACAUUUAAAACACACGUGGGCAAACCGGAGGUUUAGAGGGCAGCAGGACCUUUCAGCCUAUUUUUGUUCAUGUU